UAAGAGAAGAUUAUACAUACAAUGGUGCUGGGUUUGGAUAAGCGUGCUUUGUGGGCGGCGCUGCCGCUACUAGGCUACGCCAUAGGACAUUUUCUGGACACGAAGGAAACGGAGCGCAUGACAAUGUUCCGCGACAAGAGCGCACUGUACGGCCGUGCAGCGGGUAGCGAGAAUCAGCAACCUUCUUGGUGAUUAUUAGGCUUACGUUUGCAUACUACCAAAAACACUCUGUUGUUCACUUCACUGUCGUUUAAAUAAAUCGUCGAAUGACUAUGUGAAAAUUUCA